UUAUACGUCCCUGGUAGAAUUUGGACAUAGUGUUAUUUUACCUUAGUUAAAAUAUCAUAAUUUCAUAUUGAUCAAAAACGGCCAAAAAAGUAUUAUGUUCUUUUCAACGUAAUGUGCCGCACUGGACCGAAAGACGAUUUGCAGGAUCGGGCGGUUUAUAUGUAGAAUUCGUUUUGUUACCCCGAUUCUGCCCGAUUCUGUAAAUCGUCGGACCCGGAACUGCAGGAAGCUAGAAACCAAACUUGAUAGCACGUAUAACCAGAACAACCUCUAUGAGACAGGUUACAAAUCUUUCAGGAAAGACAGGACAUCACGAGGAGGAGGACUGAUCGCCUACUCCAGAACCAAUUUACCGAAUGGAGUUGAGUAGAUCUGCAGAGCCUCACCCUGAGGUAGACAGUGAUAGAAAAUCUGGUGAAAAUAAUGAAGGGAUAUCCCAGUCCGAGCAAGUUGAAUUCAGAACAGAAAGCAUUCAAGUUGAUGAUGAAGAAAUGAUACCUAGAAAUGGGGCAAUAUUUGACAUUGACUUCAGAAACCGUGCUGAACCAGUUACAACAGAACCAGUUACAACUAAACCAGUUACAACAGAACCAGUUACAACUGAACCAGUUACAACAGAACCAGUUACAACAGAACCAGUUACAACUAAACCAGUUACAACUAAACCAGUUACAACUAAACCAGUUACAACAGAACCAGUUACAACAGAGAGUGUGGAUGGUGGUCCAGUGGAGGAUAUGGAUUCUUCUGGAAACAACUCCACAAACCCCCUCCCAAGAAGUGAAUCUUCACCUAACAAUACCAGCAGCCUUUCACAUCCUCAUUUGAAAGCAUCAUUUAAUAAAAUUCAUUGUGGAACAUUGGCUGAUAGCUUUAAACAGCGAGAUAAUACGGACAUAUACCUUGAGUAUGAUACAUGUGAAAUACAGCAAUGUUCUGAUGAAGAUGCAACAGCCAAUGGAGAAAGCCACCGGGAUAUUUUGAUGAGGCAGCAACAAUGUAGCAGGCAGCAGAAUGACCAAAAUGUUGCCCACAUAGGGAAAACUGAAGUAGACAACAUCCAAGAACGGGAAUGUUUUGGAAACAAUACAACUCAACCACCAGAAAACCAAAUUGAAGGUGUACCCUAUGGAGGAAGGAAAGGACAAAUGACAUUAUAUAACACAUGUAGUGGCGACCAAUUUUUAAAUGGUAUACACCAAGUAUCACGUUUCCCCCAAUUAAAGCACCUUUUAAUCGAGCUAGCAGAAAGAUGCCCUGAAUCCUAUAGCCAUCUGUUGCAGGCAUUGCUUAUGUGUGAGAAAAGGCAAUUUACAGAUGCUAAAUGUUGUCUAGUGCCAGGAACUCCUGACAUGUUGAAUACAGAAGGUAGAACGGUGAUGCCAUCUAUUGAAGCACAACUGCGGCAUUGGCUGACAACACGUUGCAGAAAAUGUCAGUAUAGUUUUCAGGGAAUUAAACGUGUGGACAUCGACUUGAAACAAUUUAAUAAGUUCAGGAGCUUUCAAGGAACUUUAAGUGACUUUUUUUCAUCUAGAAGUCAGACUUGCAGCCAGAAAGGAUGUGACGGUAAAACAAUGACCCAGACAGAAUUUGAAUCCGGAGUUGCACCACUCAUUCUUCCAAUUAAUUUAUACUUUAAUCGUGAUCUCAUACCCAACAGUCAAAGCAUUGAUGUUAAUGAGGUUCUGGAACUCUUUGGUAAAAGGUACUUCAUGUUCUUGUUUACCUUUGUUCGACCUCCGGAUGGACAGGGCAACCUGGGACAUUAUAUGUCCCGAGUCUACCGUCCAGAUACCUCAGGUGAGAAAGAUAGCCAAGGGAGACCAGUUGGACGCUGGUACUUUUAUCCGAAUAAUGAGAGUGGAUAUAUGAUUCCCUGGACAGAAAACCAAAUGGAUCCAGAAGGGACACAAUCAAGUUAUGUGUAUUUUAUUCAGAUCCCUUCUUCUGAAGCACCUUCUAAAGGACAUGACAGUCCACAAAAUGAGGGUCAGCUAUAGACUGUACAAUGUUGGUCAAUUGUGAUCUUUAAAGAAAAGACUGAGUUUGUGUCACCUUACCAUAGUCUGUUAUAGCUUUUUUUGAAUCACUGAAGAGUGUCGAGCUCUGAGAUCCCUGAACCGUCACUCUUAUAUCACUGAAGAGUGUCGAGCUCUGAGAUCCCUGAACCGUCACUCUUAUAUCACUGAAGAGUGUCGAGCUCUGAGAUCCCUGAACCGUCACUCUUAUAUCACUGAAGAGUGUCGAGCUCUGAGAUCCCUGAACCGUCACUCUUAUAUCACUGAAGAGUGUCGAGCUCUGAGAUCCCUGAACCGUCACUCUUAUAUCACUGAAGAGUGUCGAGCUCUGAGAUCCCUGAACCGUCACUCUUAUAUCACUGAAGAGUGUCGAGCUCUGAGAUCCCUGAACCGUCACUCUUAUAUCACUGAAGAGUGUCGAGCUCUGAGAUCCCUGAACCGUCACUCUUAUAUCACUGAAGAGUGUCGAGCUCUGAGAUCCCUGAACCGUCACUCUUAUAUCACUGAAGAGUGUCGAGCUCUGAGAUCCCUGAACCGUCACUCUUAUAUCACUGAAGAGUGUCGAGCUCUGAGAUCCCUGAACCGUCACUCUUACAUCACUGAAGAGUUCCUUUUACUGAGUAGGUUUUAGAUUUAGGUAUAAUUUUAAUGUAUUACACAAAAAGUUCAGUUUGUAAAUAUGAUAUUUAGUUAGAGUGAAUAGUCCCUGAUAUACCAAAGUCUUUGGUUUUUUUUUGUUUUGCAGUUCUUAUGUGCAUACUUUAUUUUGUUUGAAGAAAUAAACAGGUUGAGUGUU